CUUAUUAAUAAGUUGUCCAUUUUAUUUGACAUGACGGCACUUACUUAAAACUUCUGCUGAAGUUGUCAUCCGUUGACAGCCAGAAACCAGCAGAUUGAAGUAACGCUGCAGCCAUGAUUUCGAGCUCCAAUGUUGUGGAGCUGAUAGUAAUCUUGGUGAUGGUAGGCCAUGUGUUUGUCUGUCCAUACACCAAAGUUGAGGAGUCUUUUAACAUCCAGGCCAUACAUGAUAUACUUUUCCACAGGACAAAUAUCUCACAGUAUGAUCACCUACAGUUUCCAGGGGUGGUUCCCCGCACAUUUCUGGGCCCGCUGGUUAUUGCAGCUUCCUCAUUUCCUCCGGUUGGAUUUACUCAACUGCUAGGAUGCUCCAAGUUUGUGGCUCAAUAUAUUGUGCGAUUGGCGCUCGGUAACCUGGUAUUGCUUGGGUUGUUUAUGUUCUCACAAGCUGUGAGGGAGAAGUUUGGUCCAGUCACUGCGAAGCUGUCCCUCAUAAUUACAGCUACACAAUUCCACUUCAUGUUCUAUAUGAGCAGGACCCUUCCAAAUACAUUUGCUCUCGUUUUAGUGCUGUUUGCCCUAAGGUCCUGGCUGCGCCAGCAUCACAGGUUGUUCUUAUGGCAGUCUGGAGUCGCUAUACUUGUGUUCCGAUCUGAGCUUGCCAUCUUUCUAGGAAUUCUGCUUCUUCUCCACCUAUUCCAUGGCCGCAUCUCCUUUGUAACCAUCAUCAAAACAAUACUGCCAGCCGGAGUUGUUAUUCUAGGUAUGACAGUGCUGGUGGAUUCUCUGUUCUGGGGUCGCUGGCUGUGGCCAGAAGGAGAGGUUAUGUGGUACAACACAAUCCUUAACAAGAGUGCAAACUGGGGAACAUCCCCAUUCAUGUGGUACUUUUUGUCAGCCCUGCCUCGAGCCCUAUCCUGCAGCAUGUUUCUUGUUCCCAUUGGUCUGCUAUUGUCCCCACGGACACGCCAGCUGGUCUUGCCUGCUCUGAUGUUUGUUUUCAUCUACUCUUUCCUCCCACACAAGGAGCUGAGAUUCAUCAUCUAUGUGAUACCUGUCUGCAAUGUGGCUGCUGCUGAGGCCAUGCAUAAAGUAUGGAUAAACAGAGGAAAGUCCUCAUUCCAAGCCAUGCUGUGCCUGGUGUCGGUACUACACCUUCUUGGUAACCUAGCAACCACAGGAAUGUUCCUGUACACCUCACAUAGUAACUACCCUGGGGGAGAAGCCUUGGCCAGGCUGCACCAGAUAGAACCACUAAAUGCAGAUGUACACGUACAUAUAGAUGUUGCUGCUGCUCAAACAGGGAUUACUCGAUUUGGACAACUUUAUGACAACUGGAGGUACAAUAAGACUGAAGACUUGGCGCCAGGGGGCGUUGAUAUGUUGUCCUUCACUCACAUUAUCACGGGUGACCCCUCCCACCUCCCUCUCUAUAGCAACACCCACACAACAGUGGCAGAGGUUGUGUCCUUCAACAGGGUAGCAUUCAACAGAGAUAAACCACCCUUCCUAUUUUGGAAACAUUCCCCAAAAAUGUGGAUACUCAAACGCCAAUAGCAGUAUUUAUGAAUUAGGAAAAGGGUUUUUGAAUGAAGAAGACAAUAUACUGACUCUUGUGAUGAACUGCUGUGAUCAAGUGAUAGUGUUUGCAGAUUUUAAAUUGCUUCCAAUCAUCAUGUCAUUAUUUUAUAAUGCAAGAACAAUGAUGCACUUACAUAUAUUUGUGUCCAUAUUUGCAUUGGUUUAUGUCAAGAGAAAUAUCAUCCUUUGAAUAAAGUUACAAAAACCA